AUGCGCCGCUUCGAAAGGAUCUACGAUGUCGUAGAGCCUGUUGAAGAAUAUCUCAUAGGGAAGCUAGCUUAUGGCCAAUACUCGACGGUUUGGCUAGCGAGAGAUCAACUAAAAGACUCACAGCAAGUUGUACUGAAAAUACUCAAAGCAGAAGCAUCCCAAGACAACAACAGGGAGCUUUCUAUCCUCCUUGCGCUUUCAGAUUCCAAUAUAGAUCAUCCUGGAAAGAAGAAUGUAAUUGAACUACUCGACCAUUUCUAUCAUACAGGUCCGAAUGGAACUCACAUGUGUCUUGUUUUGCCCAUGAUGAUUUCCGACGGGGCAGCAAUGACAAUCAUUGGAAGUCCGCGUGAAAUCGGCUAUAUUAGGGCUGUUUCUCGUCAUCUUUCAAUGGGACUUGACUUUCUACAUCAGUCAGGUAUUGUACACUGUGAUCUUCAACCGGCGAAUAUCUUGUUCUCAGUUGCUGGGGGUACAGACAUGGAGGCGUUGUUACAACCUCCUGAGUUCAAUCCCGUUAAGUGGUUGGAAGGAGUUACUGUAGACGACAGCGCUCCUGAGUAUUUGGUGCCUAGCCAAAGGCGAAGAGGCCAGUUGAGUGAUGCACAUUUCUCAACAUUGGAGGUCAGGAUUGGGGAUUUUGGCGGAGCUCAAUAUGUUCAACGCUGUGAUGAAAAACCAGUGACACCCUUGGGCUUGCGCGCACCUGAGCUGAUUAGACAUACCCGGGAUACUUCCAUUGAUACUUCACUGGAUAUCUGGGCAUUGGGAUGUUUGAUAUUCGAAAUAGUAACGAAUGAGCCACUGUUUCCUCUGGACACGUUCGGCAUCACACGAGAGGAGAUGGACAACGACCACUGUACUCAUAUUGAGAAACGACUCGGUUCGAACAACCAGAACGUAGACUUUGCAAAAUACCUACGCGAACGGUUACCCAAGAAUUUUGGUGCCGAGAAUGCGGAGAGCCUCGCCUCGUUCCUUCUACUUAUGUUGCAGAUAGACCCCCGCGAACGUUUAUCUGCAAAAGAGCUACUUCGGACUUCUUUCAUGUUGGAUAGAUAUUGAAGGAUCUUCUGUUACUGUGUGUAUUUACAGUAUGAACGGUAUUAUGAAGUUUUAUUUUUUGUGAAAAAGCA